AUGGCAGAAGAUUUGAUAUCGUCGUUAUAUCCUCCACCACCGAUAUUUUACCGAUAUUUCACUGAGGAGAAUCGAGAAAAGUAUGAACAAUUGGAUAAUACUGAAGAUUUACAAGGAGAAUUGAAAUUUUUCAAACCUCCAACACCUCCAACAGGAGAAUAUUAUAAAGGUUAUGGUAAUAUUUGGUCAUUUGAAGAUAAAUUACCAGGGCUUGAAGCUAUGGGAUUUAAACAAUUAUAUAAAGAUGAAGUUAAUGAUUUGAAUAAUUCCAACUUGAAGAUAGAAGAAUUGCAUAAACUCGUUAAAUCUUUAUUAUCAAAUUAUGUUGAAUUAUUAGGUAUAAUGUCAAUCAACCCUAAAGAAUUCAGUGAUAAAGUGGAAGAUUUGAAAACUAUCAUCAUCAACAUUAACCAUAUACUUAAUAGUUAUAGACCGCAUCAAUCAAGAGAAUCUUUGAUCAUGUUAUUAAAAAAUCAAAUCACUAAUAAGAAUAAUGAGAUUACUACCAUUGAUAAUACUAUAAAAGAUGUAAAGACCAAUAUUGAAAAGUUAAUUGACUAUAACUUGGUCAAGGUAUCCAAUGAUGAUGAAAAGACUAAUGAUAAUGAUAUUAUUGAUAAUAUAUUAAAUAAAUUACAUAGUUAA